UUCACUUUGUUACGACAUUCUAUAACGGUAGAAAUGUCACCGGAAGCCGCCAUAUUUUUCACUUCAUUGUCAACUCAACACACUCGAUCAGAGCCAAGCGUCAAGUUAUUGAAAAAUUUGAAAUCUAAAAAAUUAAUUUCUUUAUAGAAAAUGGAUUCAAUAAUUUCGAAUGCUGACGAUGCCGAUCAAUAUCGCUACAUAUCCCAUGUCGAUUUCAUACGGAUACUGCGUGAUAAAUACAAAGAAGGUACCAAAAACACUUUUGAAAGCAUAAAGGCACAAGUUGAGCAGGAGUGCGAGAAGAAAAAACAAAAAGCGGAGAAAGCUACAGAGUUACUUAGUCAUUGUCGUCAAGCUUUAAGCCAAUUGGAUGAACAACACGAAAUGAUUGAGAAAACACUUAAACAACACACUAAAUUGGGCAAAAAGCUGAAUGAACAAAUACGUCAACAGAAGGAUAGCCUAACCAAUGACGAAACAGCAAUGCGACAACUGCUUCAUGAACUGAGGACACAUAACGCAUAACUAGUCUAGUUUACUAUAAUGUUUAUAUGAAAAAUUACUCAGAAUAUAUAAGAAUUCUGUAA